ACGAGCGCCAUCUAUAUGUAUACAGGCUUUAGGCUUACCACAACAUUGAGUGUCGACGUCUUUGAAGUUUGCAAGUUGGUUAUCGCGAUGCAGACGAAUGUAUUUACGCUGAUUUUCAACUGAAGCAAGGGUCAUAUUGGCUUUAUAACAGACAGCAUAAUAAUGAAAGGGACUCUGAAUUUCAAACGGAUGUUGUCAUUAACACGACAUCUUCAAAAAUAUAAAAUCCAUUGCUUAUCCUACAGUCAACUUAAUCAUCGCUGGCUCCAACAGAUUCACAAAGUGGGCCAUGGGAGACAACUCUCCAGUUGCGCAGAUACAAUGGUGUCCAAUGUUUACACUCCUCGGAGAGCAGUGCUAUAUGUUCCAGGAAGCGAUGACCGGAAACUCCAAAAGAUCACCGGUCUUGAUGUUGAUUGUGCUGUGAUGGAUUGUGAGGAUGGUGUGGCUAUUAAUAGAAAGGAGGAAGCUAGACACACUAUAAGAAAGAUGCUGGAUGAACUGGACUUUGGCCGAACAGAAUGUGUGGUCAGAGUCAACUCUGUGGACAGUGGUUUGAUGGAGGAAGACCUCAAGGUCAUAUUCAGGGCUGACCGCAUGCCUCAAGCUAUCAUGCUUCCCAAGGUCAACAGCCCACAAGAAAUAUACCAGUUCACAGAAAAUUUGAAGGAAUCAUUAAAAGGCCGGAUACAAAAGCAGAAGUUACAGUUAAUAACCUUUGUGGAGAGCGCCAUAGGUCUUAUCAACCUGACUGAAAUCUUCAGAAAUACAACAGAACUUUCAAACUCUGAGGGACUCUUUGACCUAGCUGGCGUCGUUUUUGGGUCUGAUGAUUUUUGUGCAGAUAUUGGUGCGUCAAGAACUGCUGAUGCCACAGAGCUGAUGUAUGCCCGACAGAAGAUUGUUACGUGUGCCAAAGCGUUCAGACUACAGGCCAUAGACCUUGUCUACAUCAACUAUAAAGAUCUAGAUGGGCUGGAGAAACAGUCAUUAGACGGAUCAAAUAUGGGCUUUACAGGAAAGCAGGUGAUUCACCCAGGUCAGAUUCCUGUGGUCCAGAGGGCAUUCUCUCCGAGUCCUGACCGUGUUGAGUGGGCCACGCAGCUCCUACAGGCCUUUUCUCAUCAUACUCAGUCUGGCAAGGGUGCAUUUACCUUCCAUGGGGCCAUGAUAGACAUGCCCCUUGUUUUGCAGGCCAGAAACAUUGUACAGCUCGCUGAGGCUAUCAAGAGUUGACCUACGGUGAAGUGAUUAGUGGAAGCACAGGAAGUGGACAAGCAGUAGAAAGAGUGGACAUACAGGCUGUGGUCAAGAUUAAAUGCACAGACAGUAGUUAAGAAAAGAACACACAGAACGGUCAAGGCUUGACAUAUGCAUACUGAGAGCAACCAAAUGCAGAAAGAGAAAGAAAAUAUUGUUUAAAGGGGCAUUCCUUCGUUCGGACAUCAGAAACAUGUACAAUUUCUAUUGAUGAAAUCUCUGUCCAAACGAUGAUUAUAUGAGUGUUUGUGCCACCAAAAUGUACAGGAAAAAGGCGUAUUGUAGACAGAUGCCGCAUGCCUUUGCAGUAAUUAGUGAUACUUCGGGUCAAAAUAAGAAUUUUCAGGACUAAUUACUCUACAACUUUUACUACUUUGAAAAAAUACUUAUUUUCCAUUAAGUUUAAUUUUGACGACCUAAACUUUAUUCAAAUGAAGGAAUGCCCCUUUAAAUAUAAACCUGUGAUUUUAGUUGAUUAAAAACUUGUGUUAUUGUGUGUUUGAUUCCCAUUGACUGUACUGAAUAAUUCCGUCUGCCUGAUAUAGACCGGGUGGCCUGGUAUAUUAAUCCGUCUCAACCAAGGUAGCACCAAGAUUAAUCCACGCUAGUCCCACAAUAACUGGACAUACAAACUCAUUUCUCAAAAUAAUAAAGCAUUCCAUCUUACUUCAGUUUGGAUAUUUGCAUAACUAUCAUGACAUUAUCCUUAACAUUUUUAUUUUUUACCGAGACGGUGAACGGCAGAGCUCUUUGACCAAAGUUUCUUGGACAUUUUCAUUUGACCUCGUAUAAUGGAGCCCAGUGAAGGGUUAUCUCCCUUGAUACCACUUGGAUUGACACUUGGGGUUUCAAAUGUUGACAAAGAUGGAAAAAAGUGAUAUACUUUAGGAUGGAUGAAAGAAGGUGAUAUUAUAAAAAUGAAUAUAAUUAUGCAACAUUAAACAAAUUCAUUAAAGUUGAUUUUUGAUUGUU